CCUGUCCCGAGGGGAGGGGCCAGGAGGACCGGGACUGCUCGGUACAGUAUGCCCGCGGUCAGUGACUAGCCCGAGCCUCCCGCACGCCAGCCAUGUCCUCCUCCGCAGAGAUUUCGCCUUCCCGCGCUGCACGGAUACUCUCUGCGCUCUUCUACGCGGUCAGCUCCUUCCUUAUUGUUCUUGUCAACAAGGUAGUGCUCACGACAUACAGGUUCCCAUCAUCAUCAUUCCUUGCAACUGGACAGAUGGGUUUCACAAUACUUGUAUUGUACAUAGCAAAACUGAAUAAUAUGAUCACAUUUCCAGAUUUUGACAAACAGAUUCCAAGGAAGUUGUUUCCUCUGCCCCUACUAUACAUUGGGAAUCAUUUGACAGGCUUAUCAAGUACCCAGAAACUUAGCUUGCCAAUGUUUACAGUCCUCCGCAAAUUUUCUAUUCCGUUAACUCUCAUCCUUGAAAUGAUUGUCCUGAGGAAGCGGUAUUCUUUUUCUGUUGUCCUCAGCGUCACCCUGAUCAUCGUUGGAGCUUUGAUAGCAGCAAGUUUUGAUCUUUCUUUUAAUUUGGAAGGCUACAUCCUAGUGUUGUUGAAUGACUUGUUCACAGCUUCAUAUGGAGUUUAUACAAAGGAGAAAAUUGACCCGAAGGAACUGGGUAAAUAUGGUGUCCUUUUCUACAAUGCCGGUUUUAUGCUUUUCCCUACCUUGAUUUUUACUGCAUGGAUUGGGGAACUUGAGCAGGCUAUUCACUUUAGUGAGUGGACAAAUAUUUAUUUUGCUUUACAAUUCAUCCUUUCCUGCUUGAUGGGAUUUAUCCUGCUAUACUCCAUCGUGCUAUGCAGUCACUAUAAUUCAGCCCUUACAACUACCGUUGUUGGAUCCCUUAAGAAUAUAUCUGUUGCCUAUAUUGGAAUAAUUAUUGGUGGGGACUACAGUUUUUCGUGGUUGAACUUUUUAGGAUUAAAUGUUUGCAUGGCUGGCGGUGUGGCAUACUCAUUUUUCACAGUAUGGGGAAAUAAACAAUCUACGAACAGAGGAGAACUUGAAGAAAAGAAGAAUUAUAAAACAAACAAUAUGGAGUCAAGAAUACUAACCCCUCCAAAUGGGAAAUAUGAUGUUAUAGGUUAUUAAUUAAAAAGUAUUUUUAUAUUAA